AGGGAAAGGUGAUGGUCUAGGAUUCACUAUAAGCGAGUGAUGCGACCGGAUUGAAAUUUAGUGUAGGUAUAGUUUAGUAUAUAUUUUGUAAUUGGGUGUAAGUGUGAAUGAUAUGGUUUCAUCAUCGUUGGGAGUGACGCAGCUAAAAAAGUUUAUGUCACUCCAUGCGCGUUCGUCUUCCAGGGAUGGGACACAGGUAUUUCCACCUAGUGCCCUAGCUAAAAAGCUUUGGUUUGAGCGUCAUUACUCGCUCUCUUAAACGAGAAAAUAAAUUGGCCCGUCCCCAUGAUACAGAAAGAGCCCAGAUUGCAUUAAUAUAUGUGGUCUAAUCGGAACAAACUCACCAAAUACAUUCAUAUGUCUAAACGCCGAGUUAAAAACCGUUUCCUCAAAAAACUUGAAUGAUUCUAUUGGGAAUUUGAAUCGACAUCCUCUGAAUGGUUUCGUAUAUCAAUAGAACUUAACGGCAUGGCAAUGUACCCAUCAUCUUUUCGUCACACAAUAAAUGGAGAAUGGUUUGAAUAUUUCUGCGUAGCACAAUAAUCAUCAUCGAAUGCGGUUUUCACACUUAACACAGGUUUUUCAAUAUAUAUUCAUUUUUUAAAAGUAUUGCAAAUUUUCCACCGUAUUAGACCCUUGCUCAAAAAAUUUUGUCACACCAAAAUAUGUUCUCACCAGUCAACAGUCAAGUCCACAUUUAACGAGAUUUGCCAUAUAACAAUAAACAGAGGUAUAUAUUCUCGUUGUUUCGAAAUUUUGCUUUAAUUGAUGUGUUUUAUUGUUUUUAUUUAUCGUUUUCAUUAAAUAUAGCAAUGUAGCGCAAAAAUAUCUACUAUCAAUCAUAAAAAUUGAUAGUAAAUGAUAAUCGCAAAAUGCAAGUGCUACCUUAUGGGUCGAUUUUUGUAGACUCCACUGUAACCACAUUUUUGACAUUUGUUUGUUUUGUUUUGUUCUGUGUAUCGGUAUUUUCCCGACUGUGUUUUGGAUCUGAUACAAGUUCAUUUUCGAAAAUUUAUAUUUUAGUGCUUAUCUAAUCCCUCUGAAAGAAAGCGUUUUCGGUCAGGCAACAUGAACGAGGGAACCGAAACAGAUAGCGAUGCGGAUGCACCAGCAGCAGAAUAUCUGGAUGAUUUUGAGUUGCCGGAUGCAUGGAGUACGCAGCUGCCGGAGGAUCCUCUGGACAAAACAUUGGAUGAAUUGGAAAACUCGAGUGCCAGUAUCCAUUCACGUGAAAACCGACAGAGCAGUAUUUCCGUGGAUGACGAAGGCUCCAAUCAUUUUGAGAAGGAUCUUUUCAGUUGUGUCCUGUUAGCAUAUAAACGGCAAUUCAAAGGCCAAUCUUCCGGAUCGUAUAUUGCACGCUGGCAAGUUAGUGCCCAUAGUACUACAAGUUUCAUUCGUAAGGUAUGGAACUUGGCUAAGGAGCACUUGAAUAGAGAGGUUAUCUUUGAUGUGAAAGCGGACGGGACAACCUCCCCAGUGUGGGCGGAAAAUGAAUCUCCCUCUGAGAAGGAAUUUGGCAAGUUUGUGUUGUUUCAAUCGGGUCGUCGACACUACGUUCUGGAGAAGCUCACCGAAAGCAGCAACCUAUUACAAAGUUGGAGAAACAAGGAAAUAACAGUUCUUUUGCACGUGUACUCAUUGUCUGUGAGUAAUCGCACAGUCUGGAGCUCGGUGAAGGAGAACCUAAUCGACCCAUCUGAACGGGAUCGUUCAGGUGCUGCUACAACACAAGCUGUAAUCGGGCUGGCGGAUGAGCUCAGGUCAGUACACGGUAAACAUUUGGAUGCGCACGGUAUGGCAUGGUCAUUUUGGGCUAACUCCAUACUAAAUGGUCCUGCCCACCUGAGAGAAUCACUCAAGGAUCACCCUCCGCAGCAUCUUGCACAUCUGUUUCGUGUGAAGGAAGGAUUACAUGUCAAUGCUAUUCGAAGAGAACUAACAGUAGCACACAGCGUGAAUAAUAGUUAUCACGAAGAGGUCGUUGCAUUGCGGCAAGUUUUCGACGUAGUCGAAUCGAAUGUGGAAUGCUUAAACGCCUCACUGAAAAUGUUCAAGACUCGUCUAGAGGCGUUGGAAUUACGAGACAGGCUGAGUGAUUCAAUGAUCAAUGCUAUGGAGACGGCAGUGAAGGUUCAGGAAGACGAUCUGGGACAGGAGUUGAAGUCAAAAAUCAUUGACAUGGAGGAUAUGGAUCAUAUGUAAAAAUUUGGAUUUGUAUGAGGUUUAUUAAGUUUUAUGAACAAGGACAAGAGUUAUGUAUUUUAAUGAAAUAAAACAAUGAAUGAUUGAUUUUAACCUAAUCAAACUGUUUUUCGUUUGUGUGAAUUCUCUUCAAAACCUAGAUCGAUUAUGUUUUCCGGAGAAGCUACAGUUGGGUCAAACUUUCCCCCGUUUAUGUAGCCACAUUUUCGAAACAAUCGAUCCAUUUUGUACGAGUAGAAACUAGUCAUGAUUUCUGAAAUAAACAGUUUUAAAUCAC